AUGACCACUCUUGCUCCUGCGACCCUUUCCGUCCUUCUUCUGUGGACCUUGCCUGGGCAGGUCCUCCUCAGGGAGGCCUUGGGAAAAGAAGAAGUCAAAUCUGAGACAAAGGUGGUUUCCCAGCCCAUGUCCCCCUCUGAUUUCCUGGACAAGCUUAUGGGGCGAACAUCUGGAUAUGAUGCCAGGAUUCGACCCAAUUUUAAAGGCCCACCCGUGAACGUGACCUGCAACAUCUUCAUCAACAGUUUCGGCUCCGUCACCGAGACCACUAUGGACUAUCGAGUGAAUGUCUUCUUGCGGCAGCAAUGGAAUGAUCCACGCCUGGCUUAUCGGGAGUAUCCAGAUGACUCACUGGACCUCGAUCCCUCCAUGUUAGACUCUAUCUGGAAGCCAGACUUGUUCUUUGCCAAUGAGAAAGGGGCUAACUUCCAUGAGGUGACCACUGACAACAAGCUACUGCGCAUCUUCAAGAAUGGGAAUGUGCUCUACAGCAUCAGGCUAACUCUCAUUCUGUCUUGCCCAAUGGACCUCAAGAACUUCCCCAUGGACAUCCAGACCUGCACAAUGCAGCUGGAGAGCUUUGGCUAUACCAUGAACGACCUUGUGUUUGAGUGGCUGGAAGAUGCUCCUGCUGUCCAAGUGGCUGAUGGGCUGACCCUGCCUCAGUUUAUCUUGCGGGAUGAGAAAGAUCUAGGCUACUGUACCAAGAACUACAACACAGGGAAAUUCACCUGCAUCGAGGUGAAGUUUCACUUGGAGCGGCAGAUGGGCUACUAUCUGAUUCAGAUGUACAUCCCCAGCCUUCUCACCGUCAUCCUGUCCUGGGUCUCCUUCUGGAUCAACAUGGAUGCUGCCCCAGCCCGUGUGGGUCUAGGCAUCACCACGGUGCUUACCAUGACAACCCAGAGCUCUGGUUCCCGGGCCUCUUUGCCCAAGGUGUCCUACGUGAAGGCCAUCGACAUCUGGAUGGCUGUGUGCCUGCUCUUUGUAUUUGCUGCCCUGUUGGAAUAUGCGGCUGUCAAUUUUGUCUCUCGACAACAUAAGGAAUUCAUGAGGCUUCGAAGAAGGCAACGGCGCCAACGCAUGGAGGAAGAUAUCAUCCAAGAAAGUCGCUUCUAUUUCCAUGGCUAUGGCCUUGGCCAUUGCCUGCAGGCAAGGGAUGGUGGGCCAAUGGAAGGUUCUGGCAUGUAUAGCCCUCAAGCUCCAGCUCCUCUUCUAAGGGAGGGAGAAUCCAUGCGGAAACUCUAUGUGGACCGAGCCAAAAGGAUUGACACCGUCUCCCGGGCUGUCUUCCCUUUUACUUUCCUCAUCUUCAACAUCUUCUACUGGGUUGUCUAUAAAGUGCUACGAUCAGAAGAUAUCCACCAGGCACUGUGAAUCGGGUGGUGGGACUACAAAGUCCAGCUGCUGGCUGCUGGCUUUCUGCUUCCUCCUAGGUGGGCUUUCCCUCUCUGUAAGACUCCCAUCAGGGGGUUUGGACCGCUCCUUUCUCACCUCCCACUAAGAAUUUCAACUACCGAUCCAAAAGCUCUGUGGGCUGACACUGCAUGGAGCCAAUGGUGGCUCUACCGAGGAAGAUGGCUUAUCUACCCUAGCCCAGAUUUUCUCCCAUCCUCUCCCACUGUCCAGAACACGAA